AUACUUUUUAGACAGAACCAGUAAAAUAACUUGCUUAUAAUGUCUUCAUUGGCUCGCUCUGUUUACAUUGUAGCAGCAAAAAGAACACCAUUUGGGGCAUUUGGAGGAGCUUUUAAAGAUAUAUCUGCCACCGUUCUUGCUGAGAAAUCUUCUACUGCUGCAUUGGUUUCAGUUAAUUUAGAUCCAGUACAUAUACAAUCUGUUAUUUUUGGCAAUGUCAUUCAGAGUUCAUCAGAUGCUGCUUACUUGGCACGCCAUGUAGGUUUAAAGGCUGGUGCUCCAGUUUCCUCUACAGCUCUUACAGUGAAUAGGUUAUGUGGCUCCGGAUUUCAGGCUGUAGUCAAUGCAGCUCAGGAAAUUAUACUUGAAGAUGCUGAUUUAGUUCUUGCUGGGGGAGCAGAGAGUAUGAGUCAAGCACCAUUUGCAGUGCGAAAUGCCAGAUGGGGUAUUGGGCUUGGAGAAAAUAGACAAAUGGAAGAUACUUUGUGGUCAGGCCUGACUGAUUCAUAUUGUAACUUACCUAUGGGUAUAACAGCAGAAAAUUUGGCUGAAAAGUUCAACAUCACUAGACAGGAUUGUGAUGAGUUUGCUCUUGCAUCUCAACAGAGAUGGGCAAAUGCUCAUAAAAAUGGGUAUUUUGCAAAUGAAAUAGCACAAGUAGAGGUUAAGAUAAAGAAUAAAGUUGUAACUAUUGAUACAGAUGAACAUCCAAGGCCUGAUGUUACAUUAGAAAAACUUCAAAAACUUCCACCUGUAUUUAAAAAAAAUGGUACAGUAUCAGCAGGAAAUGCUUCAGGAAUAUGCGAUGGCGCUGCAUCAUUAUUAGUUGCAUCAGAAGAUGCAUGUAAAAAACAUAAUUUGAAACCACUUGCGCGUGUAGUUUCUUAUGGCGUAUCUGGAGUUGAACCAAGUAUUAUGGGCAUUGGACCAUGUUCAGCUAUUCGAAUUGCUCUCAAAAAAGCUGGAUUGUCACUUAACGAUAUGGCUUUAGUUGAGGUUAAUGAAGCUUUUGCUGCACAAUAUCUUUCGGUUGAAAAAGAACUUGGCCUAGAUAGAUCAAUUACUAAUUCAGAUGGUGGGGCUAUUGCACUAGGACAUCCACUUGGGACCUCUGGUGCGCGUAUUUUAACACAUUUGAUUUACGCAUUACAAAGAAAACAACAACGCUAUGCAAUUGGUUCAGCUUGUAUUGGAGGAGGUCAAGGAAUUGCUGUCGUAAUCGAAAAUAUGAAAUAAAUUGUCUAUGACUGUUAUAUUUUUUCGUUAAAUUUUUUAAAAUUUAGUUUUUA